CAAUCGUCGUCCCCUCCAAAACCCUUAAAACCCUUUUCUGCUUCAUCACAGUUUCCCCAAAUUCAGACAUUCACAGAGCUCCAAAAAUGGUGGCCGUUAAGAAACAAAAGCCACCAAAGGACACGGCUGAACUUCAAUCCGACGUCGCCUCUUUCGCGUCCUCCCUCGGUUUCCUCUCGUCUGGCGGCGCCGCCGCCGCCGAUCCCUCGUCCGGCUUCAACGACUCCGAUUUCCGGAAAACUGGUCCCAUCAAACCUCAGUCUCAAACACUCGCAAAGCCCCAAAGGAAUUCAUCCACGAAAAAAUCUGAAGACAAAAACCGCAAACCGAAACCCAGGAGAAACGACGCUAAACCAGCUGAAAACCAGAAGCAGGGUCCGAGGAACAGUGAUUUUUCGGCGGAAAAAGAUUACGGCAGGUUUAAGAAUCUCCCAAAGCUUCCGUUGGUGAAAGCGAGUGCGCUGGGCGUGUGGCACGAAGAUGCUGCUGAUUUGGAGGAGAAAUUGGUCGGUAAAGAUAAGAAAAUCGAGGUAAGAAAUGCCGAGGAGUGGACGGUUUUGGUGGAGAAGAAGAAGGAGCUGGGAGAGCGGUUGUUGGCGCAGUAUGCACAAGAUUACGUGUCCUCUCGUGGGCAAAAUGGAGAUAUUAAGAUGCUCUACGCCACACAGAGGUCCGGGACAGCUGCUGACAAGGUGUCCGCACUUUCUGUCUUGAUUGGGGACAAUGCAGUCUCGAAUUCGAGAUCGUUGGACUCGCUUUUAGGCAUGGUGACGUCAAAAGUAGGGAAACGGCAUGCAUUCACUGCUUUUGAAGCACUGAAAGAAAUUUUUAUCAUGUAUGAACAUUUUGUUUCUGCACUUCAGGAAGCUUCUCUUGAUGUGUUAGUCAAGCUCAAAAGCAUUGCUCUGAAGAUCAUCUAUACUUUGCUGAAGAGCAAAUCAGAACAAGAGCGACGACUACUCUCUGCAUUGGUGAAUAAGCUUGGAGAUCCUGAAAACAAAGUUGCAUCAAAUGCUGACUAUCACUUAGCAAAUAUUUUAACUGAGCAUCCAAACAUGAAGGCAGUGGUGAUUGAGGAAGUAGAAAAUUUCCUUUUUCGACCUCACCUUGGAUUACGAGCCAAAUAUCACGCUGUUUUGAUAUCGGAGAGUGGGGCAUCACAAUCAGUUGGAAAGAAUGAUGGAAAAGUUUCAACUUCCUCAAAAGACUGUAAAUCGAAAGCCUCUUCAGAAUCGCAUGUAGAAAUGGAUUCGCGGUUAUUGUCAGCUCUUCUAGCUGGUGUUAAUAGAGCUUUUCCGUUUGUCCCUAGUGAUGAAGCUGAUGAUGUAGUACAGGUCCAGACACCUGUGUUAUUUCAGCUGGUUCAUUCGACGAAUUUCAAUGUUGGGGUUCAAGCAUUAAUGCUUCUGGACAAAAUUUCAUCCAAAAACCAAAUUGUCAGCGACCGAUUUUAUCGUGCCUUGUACUCGAAACUCCUACUCCCAGCUGCCAUGAAUUCAUCCAAGGAGGAAAUGUUUAUUGCAUUAUUAUUGAGGGCAAUGAAGAAUGACAUUAAUCUGAAGCGAGUUGCUGCAUUCUCGAAACGCUUGUUGCAGGUUGCCUUACAGCUGCCACCUCAGUAUGCAUGUGCUUGCCUUUUUUUGCUAUCAGAAGUCCUCAAAGCACGCCCUCCUCUUUGGAAUAUGGUGCUACAAAACGAGGCUGCUGAUGCUGAUGAAGAUCUUGAGCAUUUUGAAGAUAUAAAUGAAAACAACGAAAACGAGGCCAUCCCUGUUCAAGAUAAUAGUGAUGAAAAGAGCCCGGUUGCUGACAUCAGCAAUGGAUCGGACAGUGAUGGUGAUUCCUCACAUGAUGAUGAAGGUGGUUCUGCAACUUCAGGUUCUGACAGGGACGGUUUUGACGAAGGAGAUGACUUACUUGGUGAUGGUGGUUUCAAUAAAGUUGAGGAGAUUAAGAUAAUAACCUCUGACCAUAAGGUGCCGAAUUUCCAAGAAGGUGUAGCCUUACCUGGCGGUUACAAUCCCAGGCAUCGGGAACCUAACUAUUGCAAUGCAGAUAGAGUGGGCUGGUGGGAGCUAAGAGUGCUUGCGUCACACGUGCAUCCAUCUGUAGCUGCAAUGGCCGGGACCCUACUUUCCGGAGUCAAUAUUGUCUAUAACGGCAAUCCCUUGACCGACCUUUCUCUUAGUGCUUUCCUCGACAAAUUCAUGGAGAAAAAACCAAAGCAGAACACAUGGCACGGUGCCUCUCAAAUUGAACCUGCCAAGAAGGUUGACAUGAACCACCACCUGAUAGGACGUGAGAUCCUAUCACUAGCAGAGGAUGAAGUGCCGCCCGAAGAUAUUGUUUUCCACAAAUUCUAUGCCAAUAAAGUAAACUCCUCCAGAAAAACCAAGAAGAAGAAGAAGAAGAAAAUGGCAGAUGAUGAGGCGGCCGAAGAACUUUUCGCAGUUGGUGAUGAGGAGGACCCGAGUGAAGAUGAUGAGAUUGAAAACGUGUUAUUCCCCGGCCAAACUCCAUUAGAGGCGGACGAUGGUGAUUAUGACUAUGAUGACUUGGACAAAAUUGCUGAUGAUGAUGAUGACAACUUGGUCGGUGGUGGUAGUGAUGACGAUGAUGAUGAGAUGGAUGAUGUGGACGAGAUGGAUGAUGUGGACGAUGUGCCUUUAGACGAUGAUGAUGAUGUGGCGAAUGAGGGGGAUGAGGAGAUUGAUUUCGAGGGGAAGAGAAGGAAGAGGAAGUCGAAGGGUGGUGCCGGGGUUUCCCCUUUUGCGAGCCUUGAGGAAUACCAGCAUUUGAUGGAGGGGGAUGAGGAUGAAUCUCAGCCGUCCGUUGAUGAUGAAGACCAUCAACUUAAGAGAAAGAAGAAGAAGAGAAAGGUGGACGAGGUUGAAUCUCGGCAGUCCACAGAGAAGGGCCGUAAAUCGAAGAAAUCAAAGAAAAGGAAGAGAAGGAUUGCUUAGGAAAUGAAGUGACUUAUAUAUUACAUGGAGAAAACAUCUUUUGUUGUGAUAAAUAUUUACUCUUUCAUAGCAAGGAUUCUUGAAUACUGUAAUGUUUAAUUACGACACAUUUUGUGGAAUUCCCGUGUUUUUGAACAUGUAUUGAAAUUGAAUUUGCUACUAAUUUUGGACAUCAACGGCUUAAUUUGAAAUUUAG